GGUGUGUGUUAGUUCUGAGAGGAGAGGUCGGAGGAUGCAUCUGUAGCCUCUGAUCAGGUAGAUGAGCAGUAUUAACUUGUCUUAGAUUUUUAUUUGACAAUUGCUGACUCCUGGUGAGGUUUCAUGAAGCUGCUGUGAAUCUACGACCCACAAGAUUGUCAACAUGGGAAAGUUGUCUCUGAAGGAUAAAGUCUGUAUUUUAACUUCCUGGGCCCUGAUGUUGAUGUCCGGCGCUGCAGAGCAAGACUACUUCCCUCAGGCGAUGAGUCUCACCUGGGAGGAGGCCCGGAGUCACUGCCAGGUCUGUUUCGAGGACCUGGUGACUCUGACUUCUGAAAACACCCAGAGCAUCGCUGUGAACCUCACCUCUGACCACUGGGUGGGCCUCCGCAAGAACCCCAACCCCACCAGCAACUCCACCAUGUUCUGGUCCCGCUGGGCCAACGGGGACCCCCUCGCCUUCCAGAACUGGUACCCUGGUUGGCCUGUGUUGAAACGCCCCUCCCCGGAACCUGUAUGCUGCAGCUGCUCCUGUACCUGCCCAAGCUCCACCGUAUAUUCGUCGACUUUCAGUGCAGUGACGUCAAGCAUGUCAAGUACAUUCGGAGGCAUCUCCACUGCAAGCCAGGUGGUGACAGGCCAGGCGGUAAUAGACCAGGUGGCGACAGGUCGGGCGGUGAUAGACCUGACGGCGACAGACCAGGUGGCGACAGGCCAGGUGGCGACAGGCCAGAUGGCGACAGACCUGACGGCGACAGACCAGGUGGCGACAGGCCAGGCGGCGACAGACCAGGUGGCGACAGGCCAGGCGGCGACAGACCAGGUGGCGACAGGCCAGAUGGCGACAGGCCAGAUGGCGACAGGCCAGGCGGCGACAGACCAGAUGGCGACAGGCCAGAUGGUGACAGGCCCGGCGGCAACAGGCCCAGCGGCGGCAGGCCAGGUGGUGACAGGCCCGACGGCGACAGGCCCAGCGGCGGCAGGCCAGGUGGUGACAGGCCCGACGGCGACAGGCCCAGCGGCGGCAGGCCAGGCGGUGACAGGCCCGACGGCGACAGGCCCGACGGCGACAGGCCCGACGGCGACAGGCCCGACGGCAGCAGGCCCGACGGCAGCAGGCUCGACGGCAGCAGGCCCGAUAGUAGCAGAAUGUGUGCGAACACCAAUGCUGUCCCCAAACGUCUCUAAGACUGAUCAGAAAUAUAUUGAAGACUCGUGUGUGGCCAUGCUCAGCUUUGGGGCCUGGGUGGAGAGGAACUGCUCGGAGAGUCUGCCUUUUAUUUGUUACGAGGUUCGUUUCAUCGGCAAAGUCAAUGCGAGCGACGUGACAACCCGGAGCGCCAUCGUCACAUGGGAACGUGGGCCUGGUAACAUCAGCCAUUACCGCCUCGAGGUCAGAGGCGACACCGAUUGGAAGGAAAACCAGAUUGGCUUGACCACUAUGUUUGUCAACCUGACAGCCGGCACCCAGUACUCAGUCAAGGUGUUUCCUGUAAAAUGUCGGCGAGACCUCAACCCACAGACGGUUGUCUUCUACACCAUACCAAACAAAGUCGAGAACCUCAAAGCCGACAACCAGACAGAAAGUUCUGUCACCCUGAGCUGGGACAAACCGGACGGAAAAGUGGAUUCCUAUAUUGUUAAGGUCAACGGUCAGAGGAAACAAAGUGUGAGAGCCAAAAGCACCGUGGUCGAGGGACUGACAUCCGGAAACCCUCACACCUUCAGCGUCCUGUCAGCGGUCAACGAUGAAACCGUGAUGAGUGAAGAGUCCAACGUCACAGACUACACCAAACCUGGAACUGUGUCCAACCUGAUGGUGUGUGACAAUAGCAACACCUCACUGAAGCUCAGCUGGACGGCUCCAUCAGGAGGGUACUCAGACUUCAGGGUGAUAGCGAUGAAUGGCAAUAACACCGUAUUCUUUAAUAAGACUGAGACUCGAACAGAAUUCAGUGUCACAAACCUGCCGGUGGGCAGCAAUAUAACCCUCAGUGUGACAGCACGGGCCAAUCACAGUCUGGAGGGAGACAGCGUGUUUAUCAUCGGCUACACCACUCCUGGACCCAUUUCAGACCUGAAUUUGGUCUCAACGAAUGACCGCAUCACUGCUACUUGGAACUUCCCGGAGGGUUCCUUUUCCUCUUUCAAGAUAAUUCUCCAGCUGGAUGGUAAAGAUGUACAAGAACUCGAAACAAGAAUACCCGCGGCGAACCUCACUGGACUGAAGAAUGCAGCAGAGUACACAGUGAUCGUCCGCAUCAGUAACAGAGAGCUGGAAGGCCCACCAGUGAGCAAGUCCACUCACACCUUGCCGGCGCCACCUACAAAUCUCAAAGUCACCUUCUCUAAUCAUACACAUAUCACCUUCAAAUGGGACCCCCCCGUCAACGCAUCGACCAAAGUCAUGUACUCUGUCAAGCUCCGCUCCGACUUCUGGGGCCACUUCUUUUCUAAAAAGGUGCCGAAGGAAACCUACACAUUUGCUGAGUUAAAAUCAGGGACCAAGUAUGACUUUGAGGUGCAAACAGUGGUGGGUACCUUGUCAAGUCCCGUGGAAAAGCUGUCUCAAUGCACAGAGGCAAAGAAAAGGGAAAUCAGCCUGGCUAUGUUGUGCUCUUCGGCAGAAGUCCUUCUCUGUGACAACGCCACCACGAGGAACAGUGUGUUUGAUCAGCUGAAAUCACAUUUCGAAAAAAAGCUGGGGAACGACAUUUUCUGGGAACUUUUGAAGCCAAACUAAUCGACACCAGACACAUCGUGUUUUUUUUUAAUUUUUAAGCAGUAUCGGUGAAGGAAUUUUCUGUCUGAAAUCAAAUGCUGUUUGUUAUAUUUAGCCAGGAGAGAUUUUACUUUGGUGUUUUGUGGUUUUGAAUAGCGUGAUGAGAUGUUAUAAUGUAAAUGUAGACUAUAAUAGCACUAGACUAUACUUUCAAUCUGUGAUGAUUACUCUUUUUAAAAAAUGAAUUGAUUCUGUUUGCCGUGUAUGGCCCGUUCCCUCCAGGAACAGAAAAAAGAAAUCGAAAAAUGAGUCAUGGUACAAUGAAAUAUAGUCAGUUUUGAGAUUGUUAAUGAAAAUUUCUACUCCCUAAAUCGAAAUUACAAGAAAGAAAGUACAAAGUUACAGUUUGCAUUUUGCUUUUUAAUGUUUAACUUAUUAUUUAUUUUAUAAAUUGGCUUCCAGAUAUGUGUCAGACAAUGAAACUGAAUAAAAGCAAACGUGAAAA